AUGUCAACAACAAUCAAAGCAGGCUUAAUAUCAAACAUAACAGCAAAACUUGCUGCAAAUCUUCACAUUGAUGAAAUAGCAAUAAAUAGUGAACAUUGGGCUGAUGAUGCAGUAAAAAUUGAAGAUGAAGCAAAAAAAAAAUUAGCAAAAGAUAAUGAAAAACGUUCAUGUGAAUUAGCUGCUGAUUUUACUCAUUUACAAUUACAAUCAAUACAUAAAAUCAUGACAUUAAAAUUUGCACUUAAUCAAACAUUGUGA